AUGGUUGUCCCUAAUGGAUCCACUCAAAGAGCAUCAAUGCUAAGAUCUAAAAGGGAGUAUGUUCCACCUCUUAUGCUCUCUAAAGGACGUGGAAAGGGGUUAGCAGGUCUAUAUCCAAACAAAAGUAAUGCUAAUGCUAAUGUUGAUGGAAUAGGGUAUGAUUCUCUUUGUGUUAAUAAAGGCCCUUUAUUAUCAAAUAAACUUCCUUUUAGUCAUGUUAGAGCUCCAACCACUUCCCCUAAUGUUGAUAGAAACGUAAGAGCUUCCUUUAAUCCACUAGUUACUCCCCGUGCUAGUAAUGGUAAUGAUUCUCUUUGUGUUAAUAAAGGCCCUUUAUCAUCAAAUAAACGCCCUUUUACUCAUGAUAGACCUCCAACCACUUCCCCUAAUGCUGAUAGAAACGUAAGAGCUUCCUUUAAUCCACUAGUUACUCCCUGUGCUCAGUUUAAUGGUAAUACUAAUAUAGAUGAUCAUGAUUCAUUUUCUGAGUCAUGUAAUGAGAAUAUCAAUGAUGAUGUUGAUGCUGAUGGUGAGAUACAAUAUACAUCACAUGAAGAUCAAGAUAUGCUUUAUCAAGAAGGCUAUGAAACUCUUGAUGGCCUUGACAACGAGCUGAACUUUCAAGUUGAUGGAAAUGACAAUGGAACAGAGGAACCUACAACAUUUCAAGGAGAUGCAAGGGGUGGUGACCAAUCUACUACUAAGAAGCAAGCAGCUAAUGCAAAAAAGAGAGGAAGAAACAAAUGUAAAGAGAUUGCUAGACUAAAACCCAAUAAGAAGCUACAAAUACAGUUGAGCUGUACCUGCAAAAAACAACGGAGACUUGACCAGUUGAGCUACAUCACAAAGAUUGGUCCAGUUGAGCUGUACCUGCAAAAACAACGGAGACUCCGGGUGGUUGGAGCUCCGCCUCCGAAGAUCAAGUUAGUAACUUGAAAGAGA